AACACCCUCAGGAGACAAUCACAUAGGAAGACGCGCGAGACCGUGCGAGAAUUUCUCUGUGGCAACAAAUAGGCUACGUACGAAAUAUAAACCUUUAUUUAAUAUAUAUUUCGCAAAUAGGUGGUGGAGUGGGGGGUAUCAUGGACGUGUCCAGCCACAGCCUGUUCCUCUUGCAGCAGCUCAACAUCCAGAGAGAGUUUGGCUUCCUGUGCGACUGCACAGUCGCCAUUGGCAACGUGUACUUCAAGGCCCACCGGGCCGUGCUUGCAGCCUUCUCCAACUACUUCAAGAUGAUCUUCAUUCAUCAGUCAAGUGAGUGCAUUAAGAUCCAGCCCACGGACAUCCAGCCAGAUGUUUUCAGCUACCUGCUCCACAUCAUGUAUACGGGCAUGGGCCCCAAGCAGCCGGUGGACCAGGGCCGCCUGCAGGAGGGCAUCAAGUUCCUCCAUGCCUACCAGCUGUGCAGUAAGCCUGGUGAGGGUGGGCCCGAUGCCAUCACCGCCGACCUUGUCCGCAUGUCCAACCUGUACGGCAUUCAGAUUUCAUCCCAGUUAGCAAACAAGGAGGGUACUGGGGUCCCUAAAGGUAGUGCAGGGGCCCGAGGAGGGGGCGGCCCCGAGGACGGGCGUUCGUCCACUCGGGCAGGCCGCUCCCACGCCACCCAGUUUUCGAUGACUGUGGGGAUGGAGGGCAUCCCCUCAUCAGGCCGUCAGCCCUUCUCUGGUCUCCUCCGUGGUGUCUCCUCUAUGGCUUCCGGCGACGACUCAGACAUCUCAACGCGCAUCAAGCAGGAGAGGGUGGAGGAAGAGGGAGAGGAGUGCCAUCAGGCGCCAGGCGGGGGAGGGUCCCCAACGUCUCCUUUGGCCCAGGGCGGCAACCCCUGCCAGGGCCUCUUGUUCAAGGAUGGCCCCCAUGCGCUGCUGUGCCCCCAGUGCGGCAAGCGCUGCUCAUCCCCCGAGGGGCUCCGCGAGCACCUGUUCAGCCAUGCCACCUUCGCCCUGGACCCCAGCGGACUAAUGGAGGGCCUCUCCCAGGGUGGGGGAGGGGACACAGUGGGCCCUGAGGACCAGCAGCAGCAGCGGGGGUGCCCCCAGGAUCAGCAGGAUGCAGGCUACCUGGAGGAGGCCCUGAGACAGAGCCAAGCCCUAGCUGACGAGCUAGCCACCGAGCUAAGGCGGAGCAGGGGGGGUAUAGCCGGUGGCACCAGUACACCCCCCACCACCACCAUGACCACCUCUACUACCAGUCACACACGAAAGCGCAAGAUCGCCUGCUCCGUGUGCAGCCUGCGCUUCACCCAGAAGAGCCAGCUGCAGGAGCACAUGUACACGCACACGGGCAAGCCGUCGCGCUACCAUCGCUACAGCCACCUCUGCAGCCAGCUCAUCCACACUUCUGGGCACUUCUGCAAGGGGCCACCGGAGGGCGGCGGGAUGGCGGCAACCACUACAGUAGCGCUGGCGGAGGAGGCAAACAGGGAUGCUCAGGACAACGGCAGCUCCUGCUAUUCGCUAGACUCUGAGAUCUCGCAGGAGAGCGUGGACAACGUCGCUGUGGAAUGAAAGCGAAAACAAACUGUAGAAAUGAAAGAAAUACAUCAACUCCCAUUUUACAUAGGUGAUGUGCUGGAGUCACCACCUAAUUUGAUAACUCUUGUUUGUGUGAUUAUGCAGUAGCCUCUCUUUUUUUUGUGUGUUUUCUUAGAAACUGGAUUAACAAUGGUAAUUGGUAAGAACUAUGUACUUAUACUUGUUACAAGGUAAUUGACAUAAGUUAUUCCCUUACAGUUACCCGGGGAUAACAGCUAUGUAAUAAGAAGCGUUUUGUGAAUACAUCUUCAUUCACCCAUCUGCACUCACCAGAGACUGCACAUCUGGUUCGUCUUCAUUAGGGCACAACAAUAGUAAAAUGUUUUUGCAAUGGAAAACAAAACUUUGUGAUUCUUAUUGGACGAUUCCAGAUAGUACCUCCUGUUUCACCCUGUUUGAGUUUGUUUUCUUCAGUUUGAUUCCUACUGAACAUGACCCUGUUUCACUUACGUUCCUUACCUUUCGUCAUUAUCGUUCCACUGAUCCGGUUUCCACUGAUCCGGUUCGUCAUUAUCGUUCCACUGAUCCGGUUUCCACUGAUCCGGUUCGUCAUUAUCGUUCCACUGAUCCGGUUUCCACUGAUCCGGUUCGUCAUUAUCUUUCCACUGAUCCGGUUUCCACUGAUCCGGUUCGUCAUUAUCGUUCCACUGAUCCGGUUUCCACUGAUCCGGUUCGUCAUUAUCGUUCCACUGAUCCGGUUUCCACUGAUCCGGUUCGUCAUUAUCGUUCCACUGAUCCGGUUGUAUCCUGUCCUUUUGUCAAUACCGUCAUCUCUCUGUCAGUUAGAUGAAACCCUGUGAUGUGAAUCCAGUGUAAAGUGUAUGUUCUUUUAUUCAGUGAACGGUUGAAUAGAAUAGAACAUGGUAUUUAAAAGAGGAAUGUGUUGUCUCUCUCUCAGUUGUCAUAUUUUACCAGCUGGUAUAUUGAUUGGAAAUUAGCAAAUACUAUGUAUCUGCAUUGUUUUCUGAAAAUGUGCACUCUCAGAAAUAAGUAGCUGUUGAAAUGGAGCUUGGCUUGUUGUUAUGGAGGGUUGUCAGGGUUACAGGAAUUUGCAAGGGACAAAUUCUUACGCCCACAAUGUUGCAGUACACAAUUGAUGUAUGGUAGUACAUCAUUACACAUAUUGGAACAUUUAAAUAUUUCCCUCCAAAAUCAUGAGCAGGGGCUUGGUGUUCCAUUUUCUUUCUUUAAUCUCAACAAACUAGCACUUACAGUAUAUCUAAACUUGAUCAUUAGCAGAGAAUUUGCUUGGCCAGCUUCAUUCACCUUCAAGAAGUGUGUACUAGCUAUGAAAAUGGACGUGUAUGCAAAAGAAGACAAAGUCACAAGUGUCAUCCCAAAACCUUUAAAGCUGGAAAACCUGGGGAUGUAUUCAAGCGUCACAGGAGAGCUGAUCUAGGAUCAGGUCGUCCCCCCCUGUCUUAUUCAUUCUAGAUCUGAAAGGCAAAACUGAUUCUAAAUCAGCACUCCUCCUCUGAAAUGCUUAACACAUACGACCCUUAGCAGUGUUUAACUACAGAGGAAACAUGUUGAAUGGGCUUUAUCCUGCGCUCCUGAGUAGCACAGCAGUCUAAGGCACUGCAAGAGGCGUCACUACAGUCCCUGGUUUGAAUCCAGGCUGUAUCACAUCCGGCCAUGAUUGGGAGUCUCAUAGAGCGGCGCACAAUUGGCCCAGCGUCUUCCAGGUUUGGCUGGGGUAGGCCGUCAUUGUAAAUAAGAAUUUGUUCUUAACUGACUUGCCUAGUUAAAUAAAAAUUAAAAAUCCUUGACAACUUAAGAGGAAGGACUUAUUUUAGCUCAUAACAGGCUAACAUGAGUAGAAGUAGCCUGACGACUCACACUAAGUUCUUCCGCUGCUCUGUCGUUGGCUACAUACUUCAAUCUGAGACUGCCAUCAUUGAAGUUGUUUUUGGUGACGAGGGGCAUUGUACAAAACAAAGUAUUCGCAUUUGGUAAAGGGUGGAGGGUUGGGGAGGUACUCAGAUCCAGACUCAUGGCGGAGAAAAAAACUAAAGUCUGUGGGCGUGGCGUAGUGUUUGGCCGGAGCAAAGAGUCCGGGUAGCCAGGCAACAGUAGAAGUGACUAAAAGAGAUACUCUGAACUUAUUUAGUCCUCUAAAGCUUUAUGAUUGUGCGAUUGUAGAUUCAUAUUUGACGGAUAUGUGGCAAUGGCUAUCAGAGUGUGUAAUGUCGAACCAGGAACCUGUAUGUACUGCGAUAGACAGUUAUAAACCUAGGAUUAUCAAAUUGACCUUUCUGGGUUUGUUUCCAUUCUAUCCUGUUGGUGUGUGUGACCUCUGGUAUGUUUCAGUUUGCUACUCUACUAUGGCUUUUCCACUUUGUCAUACACUUUGUCGUUACCACGUGGCUGUGGUUUCAUGUUUUCUUUCAUCUGUGUCACUUUUCCAUACAUGGAAAAUGUUUUGUAAAUAAAUAUAUUUUUUAA